AUGCAAAAAGCCUUGAAGAAGUAUUUUGUAAGCAUGGACGAGUACCUGGCCAGCAUUGGACUAUACCGAAAAAUGAUGGCGAGAGAUGCGUCUUGUCUUUUUCGAGCUGUUUCUGAGCAGCUUUAUUACUCUCAGAAUUACCAUCAAAGAAUACGAAAGGAGUGUGUCAACUUCAUAAGGGCGAACAGAUGCAACUUUGAACCUUUUGUUGAAGGAUCUUUUGAGAAGUAUUUAGAACGCUUGGAAGAUCCCAAGGAAACCGUAGGUCAAGUGAUAAUAAAGGCACUGUCUUUACUGUACAGGCGGUGCUUUGUCAUUUACAGGUAUCCAGGUAAGCCACCAACUGAGAUUGCAGAGGAAGACAAUUUGCCUAAGAUUUUACUGUGUUGCUCAAACAAUGGCCACUAUGACAUUGUUUACCCAAAGAGCUAUCCAGUAGAUGCUGCAGUAUGUCAGGCUUUGCUGUAUGAACUGUUGUACACUCGUGUUCUGGGAGUUGAAGAAGAAGAGAUACAGGCAGCGCUGGAGGGAUUCAAAGCAGGGGGACGACGAUACCGAAACAGCCAUUCUAUAUGCAGCGAAGAUGCAAGCUAUGAUGCCCCAGAAGAGCGUUCUCAGAGAGAGGAUUGGGAGUCGAGGGGACAUUGCCGCUUCGAUGACAGACCUAGAGUUGGAGCUGAGGACCAAAAGGUUACAGAAGGGUCUGGGAAACUGGCUCUCCCAUACAAGGUACUGAAGGCCUUAGAGCCAGAGCUGUACCGCAACGUGGAGUUUGAUGUGUGGCAAGAUGGCCGCAAAGAGCUACAGAAGACCGAUUACAUGGUGUUUGCUGGCAGACAGUACUUUUUAGGAGAUAAAUGUCAGGUCCGCUUGGAUCCAAAAGGCAAGUACUACAAUGCCUUCAUUCAAGAAGUUGGGACUCAUUCCACUGCAGUGACCGUGUUCAUUGAGGAGCUUGGAGAAAAGCACCUUGUUUCUUUGACCAAUCUGAAGCCAGUGAAUCCUGUGCCAGCCUGGAACAUAACACCGAGCAGGAAGGGAAACUCCUACAACCAUGCAGAGCAGUACCCUGGAGAACUAGACCCAGAGCUUCGAGGACGGCGACGGUUCUUCAAGAAGCCUCGUGGUAAGGAGAUGUUGAUGGCAGUGUCUUUCAGUCGUCCUCAGCCUGGCUUGCCUCCCCGUCUGCAGCCUGGGCCAGGAAACAUUCAUCCUGUCCGUUCUCCAGGGGUGCACAGUCCAGCUCCACCUCCUCCCGGUCUGGUUUAUGAACACUACCGACCCCACCCUCCACCUAGACAGCCGCGUGGUUAUGGACCACCCAGUUCGGCCCGAUUCCUGAACCGACACCAUCUUAUUGGACCAGACAUGGCCUAUUAUCCUAGUCCCAGCAAGCGCUGCUACCAGAGUUUUGAUAACUACUCAUUCAGGUCUCGUAGGAGUAGACGGCAGAUGCACACUUUGAAUAAAGAGUGUCUAAGCUGUGUUCCUGAGCCAGGAGAGGAGACCCAAGACAUGGAGGGAAGCAUAACCUUCUAUGAGCUUGAAGAGACUGAUGAGGGUGCCUUCUCACCAAUAUCGGGACAGGCAGUCUCCAGCCCAAUGGUUCCAGGGGCCACUGCUUACUGGGUGCCAAGAGUUCCCAGUCCAAUUCCUCCUUCAGGCAAACAGGCCAUGACUUCAUCAGAGGAGGACCCUGAUGAGAGGAGUACUGCUGGUGAUCAAGGUGAAUACUCUGAGGAGUACAUCUACUCUGCCGCAGAAGCAGGUUAUCAGAGUCCAUCAUUGUAUGCUGCAGCAGCAGAAUCUACCACCAAUCUGACCAUUCAAGAAGGGAGUUCUCGUGCGGGGUCGCCACAAGAGGGUGUCGCUACCUACAGUUACUCACAACAGGUGGUUGUGAAGUCAUCUGUCCUCUCCUCUUCUCAACCAAUCAACUCUGCCCCGGCUGCUAUCUUCACUUCAAACUCUUCCUCUUCAUCCACUGGGAGCUCCCAGACCCCGCCAAACUCCCUGCAGCCCACCAACAUCCUAACACCAGGACAGCUGCCACCUCACAAUUUUCCGGGCAGGCCAGCAGUGCCAUGGUUUGUGAAUGAGUUGGGAGAGCCAGUUGCCAUGGCACCUCCUCCACCCUACUCUUAUGACCCCAAUGGCACAGACCUUCCAAGAGAUUGUAAAGUGCUCCAGUACUACUAUAAUUUGGGUGUUCAGUGGUAUCAGCAGAGUUACUGGCACUCUAUGGUGCACUUGCAGCAGGUAUAUCCACAUCAAGCUGCAGAUGCUCAAUUCCAGGCUUAUCAGAGCACAGCUCCCCCCGCUGACCACACCGUCCCCCAGGCCUACCCUGAUUCUGUCCGCAUGUGCCCGCACCCACAAGGAGACAUGCCCAGCAAUGGUGCCCCACUUGGUAUGGAAAAUCCUCCUACAGUGGUCCCUGGCACGGUGUUCUAUCCUGUGGUGCAGGAACAGUGUGGCCAACCGGCACUUCACUCUACCUAUGACCCCUACAUGCCUGUGCUCUCCACAACAUACCACUACCUCACUCCCUGGACUCCUGGUGCUGCCCCACAUUCCCGGUUUCACCACACCACUUACUGUCCCUCUUCCUCUCACCCCCCCGUCAACUAUAUCACAACCCCAGGCCACCCCAACCAUCUGCCACACUCACAGUUUGUCUAAGUCUUGAUUAUUAGCAUAAAUGUUUGUUUGUUUGAU